AUGGUAACAAAAGAUCCGCGCAAGCAAUACCGCCGUGCCACAUUCCAGAAGAGACUCAUGGAUGUUGUGACCAGGACCCGUGAUCUUGUCACAAAGUUAAUGCCGUCAGCUAUUCCCUCCACUACUCAACCCACCUCAUCGCAGAAGUCAAAUCUAAUUGCAAAGUUAUAUCAUUCGGUCAGUGACCAAGCGAACUCAACAUCCACUUCUUCGGAAAUCUCAAGAUAUCUCUCCGAGUACUACGAUCCUUCAACGAACGAAUCGGUUGAGGAGUAUUGGAAAAGAAAAAGAUUCGAAUACCCCGGACUGUACUCAGCAGCACUUUUCGUUUUUUCGAUUGUUCCCUGUGAAGCCAUGUGUGAGACUACGUUCAGCACUGCGUCGUUUUUGUUAGAUAAAACAAGAACAAGAUUACUGUACAAGCGUGUGGAGAUGGUCGUUCUGGGUUCGCAAAUAGCCACGAAAUUUCCACACUGGCUCGACUGA